CGCUUGGUGGAUUUUCAGUCCAGAGUAUGUCCAUUACGGAAUCCCAACUGGUCUUUGCAGAGAGGUUUUGGAAAGGAUGACAGAAAGCCUGGUAGUUUCCCUCAUUGAUAACAGCAAUCAAGGAACCGAUGCAGAGAAGCAAGAUGUUAAGGACAAGAGUAAGAUGACAAUUUUAAUGCGUGUUUUAUGUGUAAUAUUCUUCAUUUUAAAUAUUCUUCUAAUUAUUGUCCUAGUUUUAAAACAUAAGAGUACUCAGUAUUCCUGCCCAGAUGAUUGGAUUGGUUUCCAGAACAAAUGCUAUUAUUUUUCUAAAGAAGAAGGGGAUUGGACUUCAAGUAGACACAACUGUGUAACUCAACAGGCUGACCUAACUAUGAUUGAUACCAUGGAAGAAAUGAAUUUUCUUGUGCGAUACAAAUGCACUUCUGAUCACUGGAUUGGACUGGAAAUGACAGAAAAUAAAUCAGGACAAUGGGUAAAUGGAACCAUAUUUAACAAAUGGUUUCUUGUGAGAGGAAAUGAAAAAUGUGCUUACCUCGAUGAUGAUGGUGUAGCAACAGCUAGGUGCUAUGCAGAAAGAAAAUGGAUCUGCAGGAAGAAAAUGCACUAAUGUGUCAAUAGUGGAAUUACAACAUGGAUGACCUGGAUCUUUACUUUUUUACAUCAAUUUUAGAAGACUCCCG